AUGCCUUCGCCAAGUGACCGCCGGCGCGGCGUCUGGAGCCACUGGGUUCCGCUCGUCGUCACCGUCACCAUCGCCAGCGCGGGACUUGUCGUUUGGGCGCUAAGCCAGCGCAAGGAGGAGGAGCACCCGAGCUACGAUCAGGAGCACGAGCACCUAGACUACGAGAACGCCGACUACGGGGACAAUCCGCCGUACGGCGCAACUAACCGCGGCCCGCACCCUGGCCCCAAGUCCGGCGGCGCAGACACCCAGUCGCGGCCCGGGUACGCCGAGCCACCCCCUCGAAGCGGAGACGACACGUACGGGACGCAAGCCGAGGCCAGCGCCUCCAACUGGGGCGCGAGGAUGUCUGGUGCUUUGCGCCGGACGCCCAGCCCCCAGCAGUUCUUCGACUCGACCGGCAAGACCAUCACGGCCGGCGUUGCGGCGGCAGGCGCCGUCAUAGGCAAGACUUUGGCUUCCAUCCGCGAGGAGGAUAAGUACCCCGACGAUAGCAGAGUCUGGUCCGAGGAAGCCGACGCAAAGAAGGAUCGCGGUCCCGUCUCGGAUAAUAAGCGCCGGCGCACCGUCGCCGUUGUUGUGUCCGCCGAUAGCCCGUUGGGCCGCUUCGCCGACGACGAUGCCCACGAGCACGCUUCCAUCCUCUCCCACAUCCCUCGCCAAAACGAUUUCUCUCGCGUCAAGUUGUUUGUGCUCAUCUACGCUCCUGAUCUCAAGGAUAAUGCGCUGGAGACCACUACAAGUAACCUACCGCAGUCGUCCCUGAGCUCGUCAUUCUCUAACAUUGGCCAUGAUCAAGCCCAAACGCCCGGCGAGGAGAGCAAGAACCCCCUUUCUUCUACUGAAAAUAGCGCCUUCAACGCCGUAUAUUCGCAGGCCCUUGCGCUUGUCGACAAGGAGGCCAUGAUUCUUCCCUUCACCACCUCCAACGGCCAUGUUCACGUCCUGCGACACCUGCAACCAGAAGUCAUAUACCUGCAAGAGUCGCUAAGCGGCGACAACGGCAGCAUCAUCACCAGCAUGCAGACAUGGCUCCGGCACGACAUCAUGCUGGUUGUCGGCGCGGAGAGCGGCUCCGGUGGUCUCGCGGACAGCGAGUCGGAGGCGGAGCGCACAACGAAGACGCAGAAAUGGUGGCAGCGACCCGAACGCGUCGGCCGCGGCAGAGGCAUCAUUGUCGUGGACAUACUCGCUCGUUUUCUCCGCGACGGCAUCGCCGAGCACGACCAGGUAGCCCCUCCAACGACUUGCGCCGAGCAGGUCGCGACGACGAUCGGCAUCGAAUUCUGUCAACCACUGGACCUAUUCAUCAAUGUUCGCGUAUUGACUGGAUCGGAGGACCCUUACGAUAGAGCUGCGACGGGUGGGCAGCACCAUCUCCACGCUCACAGCGCCGGCCGCGGAACCGGCAUUAACGGUGUCGUCGCGUAUCCCACAGCCUCGUCAUCGCCAGCGCUCGCAAAUAAAAAGAUGGCUGCGACCGCGAAGCCGCCUGCCAGCGCCGUCGGCGGUGCGGCUGUGAUCCCCACAGUUCGGCCUGUCAAUCGCGCACGGCGCGACCCAGGGUCGCAGACCCUCGGCAGGCAUUCACGGAAUAGCGCUGGGAAGCGCACCGGGUCAAUUUCAGACGAUGCUGCUGCUAACGGGGGAGGAACACUUCCAUAUGUUGUAUCCGACUCAUACAUCCUCACGAAACACGCCGGCAGUCCGCCUUCUCUUGUCGUGCACUUACACGCUACGCAUUUCCGAUUCGAUGGGCAGGAUGGUAUGUUCCCGUACAAGUCGCCCAUGAAGCUCUUCCUUGAGCACGUCCGAGUCCGCACCAUUCCCCACGACCUUCUCCAGUAUUUCGUCCAAAACAAAGUCGCAUUUUACGAUGGAUGUCUCAUUGUCCAACUCCACGACCACAAGUCAGCAGCGCAAUCUAAGGAUAUUGCGCGACCAACCUCGGCAUCAACCAAGACUGUGGCAUCGUCUGUUCACAACUACAAUCAGUGGCUCACGCCCUCCCCUUACCUCCCAUUUCCAAAAGAUGAACAGGGAGCAAACGAUGGAAUCAAGAAGACGGAAGAAGAUGUAAAACAAGUGGAAGGUAAAUCCUCCCAAGUUGAUGGCCAGGAAGAGAAAAGGCCCAAGGUCGCCGCCAAACCAAAGGUCUUCACGGUCGUGCUGCAUCCUACCCCGGAAAGUUUGUACAUGGAUCUUCAAAUCAAGGCCACAACUCCAAAGGGCAUCCCGGAAACUUAUGUACCACCACCGACACCCCUAUCACUUGGAAAUCCACCAACCCCGACUGUCAAUACCAUGCCGCCACCUGCAAAACGUCAACGAAGAGACAAGACAGAACUGGACGGAUCCAACAUCUACAUUGCAGAGGGACAGAUCUUGUUGGCUACUGUGGCGCCAUUGAUCUUGACUCCAACCAAGAAUGCAGAGGAGACGAUUGCGCUCCUAGAGGCUAUGUCUCACCCCAAGCACACCGAGUUACCCCCGCAACCAAAGACCAGAAAGCGCACUGUUGCCGAAGUUGCGGCAGACGAAGCCGCGGCCGCGGACCAGGAACGCUAUAUGCUUGUUCUGGACGAGCGUCUUUCCUCCAUUAAUGCGAGUGGACAAAGCGCCGGGGCGGCGGAUGGCGAUGCUCAAAAUGGGGCCGCUACAUUCGAACCACGCUUCGAGCGGUUCAAGGCUAUUGAAGAAAUCAAGAGGCAACAUGCAGAGAAGAAGGAACAGGAGAAAAUCAAGCAGCAAGAAAAUGACCGGCGACUGGCUGAGCAACGCCUGCAGCACCAGAGAGAGCAGCAAGCAGCAGCACAGCGGGCAGAAGCCGAGCGCGCUAGACAAGCCGCCAUUAAUCGAGAGAAUCAACUACGACAAGCGGAGGCACAGCGACAAGCCCUGGCUAACCGACAGGCACAAGCCGCGCAAUCCGCACAAGCGCAGCAGGCGGCCCAGAUGGCCCAGCGCAACAAUCAAGGCGGUAUGGCGCCAAAUGGCGGGGCUGCCAACCCUGGGAUACAGAACGGCAUGCAUGGCGCUGCUCAGGCCAGAUUCCCGUCGCAAAUGGCACAAGCCCAAGCAGCUUCCUCGCCAAUUGUUCGCCAGGGUACGCCGCAAAACAUGUCCUCGCCAAUGGUUGGUAGCGCAGCUAUGCAACCAUCCAACUCUGGCGCCGCGGGCAGCCCACCACGGCCGCCCUCUGUUGUACAAAACCCGAUGUCUGCUCCCAUGGCCCAUAACAUGUCAGCCAGAGGCAGCCAACAAAGUCACGCGUCGGGCACUCCUCGUAUGCCCAACGCAACCCCUAAUAUGGCGCAUGCUACACCAAUCAACAGGCAGGCCAUGGGCGCGACGCCUCGCAUGACGCAAGCCAGCCCGCCGCCCAACAUGAUGGCGCAGGCCUCACAGGCCGGCGGUAACAUGGCCGGUAACAUGACUAACACCAUGGGCAUGCCGAAUAACCACGCCAUGAAUCCCCAGAAUCAGAUGCUGGCUCAACAGUUGGCAGCUCAGCAAAGGUUGAUGCAGCAACAGCAGGUGGCGGCCAUGCAGAAUAGCGGAACGCCAACGAUGAAUGGCCAACCCAUAACGCAGCAACAGCAGCAGCAAUUGAUGGCCUUGUUCCAGCGUCAGGCCCUUCUGCAACAACAGCAGCAGCAAGGCGGGGUAUUGACCCCUCAGCAGCAGCAGCAGCAAGCACUCUAUCAGCAGCAGCUGCAACACCUCCAGAGCGGGCAGCUGCGGCAGAUGCCCCCGCAAAUCCAGCAGCAGAUUCAACAAAUGGCUCGGAUGGGCCAGUUUGGCCAGAUGGGCAACGCGAUGCAACGACAAAUGAGCCAAGCCAUGAACAGCAACGCGAAUAACAUGCAGAACGGCAAUGGUCCCAAUAUGCAAGCGAUGGCGGCAAUGCAGCAACAAAUGCAGCAGCAACAAAUGCAGCAACAGGCGCAAGCGCAAGCGCUGCAGCAGCAGGCGCAGCAGCAACAACAACAACAACAGCUGCAGCAGCAGCAACCGCAGCAACAGCCGCAGGGCCAGCAGGGCCAAGCGAAUUUCGGCCAAAACAUGACACCACAACAGCGGAUGAUGUCGAUGCAGAUUAGUGCUCAUGCCAAGAACCUCUUUCAACGGCUGGUGGCUACGACCGCCCCUAAGUAUGGCGGACCAGAGCACAUCCCGUCAGAGACCAUGGACAGAAUGAGGCAUGUAGCAACGAUGCAGGCCCAACAGCAAGUUCAGACACAGUUUAUGCAAAGACGAGCACAGGUUGCCCAGCAGCAGCAGCAGCAGCUUAUGAUGCAGCAGCAACAACAGCAGCAGCAGCAGCAGCAGUCUAUGCAGGGCAUGGGUGGUGGUAUGAUGGGGCCGCAGGGGAUGUAA